AUGGAAAAGGAAAAGCCCUCAAGAUUUAACACCCCUGCUCCUGUAGAGUCUGCUCACACUAAAGACAGUGACAAUAAUCACAAUGAUAACAACAAUCAUCUUGUUGAAGGGAUCACUAUUGCAAAAAAUUUACAUAAUGAAAACUUCAAUAAAAAUCAGGAUAACAGUUCGCUUAAUGGCAAUGUGCCAGAAUAUUUACCUAGUGUCCCACAACAAGAAUACCAUUUUGAACAAAAUCCUAUUUAUAAUUUAUCAGCAAACGUUGAAGGUGCACCUAUCAUGACAUAUGAAGAAGUUUUUCCGAGAAAGACAAAGUAUAAUUCAAAAUUUAAUGAUUGGCCAUUUACUUUAUUCUUUAUUUUUGUCUGUUGCGCCUUCAUAGUACUUUCUUCACUAACAUUAAGAGCUUGGUCACAAAAUUAUUCUCAACAGGGUCAUGGUAUCUAUACAAAAUCUACAACAAAUACGAUGAAUACAAAUUCUGCAAUUCUUUUGAUAUUUGUUUGUUGUAUUUCUUUAGUAUUCGCUAUCACUGGAUUGGUUCUUUGUCGUCUAUAUCCUAGAUUUUUCAUAAUAUCCGGCAUAAUAUUAAAUAUUCUGUCUGGGUUAGGCACUUCAAUUAUGUAUCUAUCCUUAAAAUAUUGGUCCGCUGGUAUUGUGUUUUUAGUAUUCACUCUAUUUAUUGCCUUUUGUUUUUAUUCAAUAAGAAGUCGAAUCCCAUUGGCAACUAUCAUCUUAAAGAUAGUUAUUGAUGGAAUGAAAACUUAUCCUCAAACUUUAAUUGUUUCAAUAUUAGGUACAAUAAUAUCGGGUGCAUUUGCCAUUUUAUUUUCUUUGGUCAUUGUAGCAACCUAUAUGAAAUAUGAUCCGGAUCCAAAUAAUCCAGGCUGCAAUACUUCAGGUGGGAGUUGUUCAAAUUCCAAAUUAAUUGGAUUAUUAGUUCUUGUAUUCUUCUGUGGUUAUUAUAUUUCUGAGGUUAUCAAAAACGUAAUACAUAGUACAAUAUCCGGAAUCUAUGGUUGUUGGUAUUUUAUGUCUAAAGCUGACCAAGGUACACCUAAAUGGAUUGCAAUGGGAUCCUUCAAAAGAGCAAUGUUAACAUCUUUUGGUUCAAUUUGCUUUGGAUCUUUAAUUGUAUCUUUAAUUGAAACUUUCAGACAAACUUUAACUUUAGUUAGAAAUGCGUUCAUGAUCAAUCAAAAUUUUGGAAAUAUAUCGCAUGUCAUAUUUUGGAUUAUUGAUUUAAUCAUAGGAUUUUUACAAUGGUUAGUCCAAUAUUUCAAUCAUUACGCAUAUUCGUUUAUUGCCCUUUAUGGGGAAUCUUAUCUAAACGCAUCUAAACAAACUUGGCAAAUGAUAAGAGAAAAGGGCUUAGAUGCAAUAAUCAAUGACAAUUUGAUCAAUACUGCAUUGGCUUUUUAUGGAUUAUUUGUAAGUUAUAUUGCUGCUUUAUUUGCUUUUUUAUACUUGAGAUUUACCAAGCCAAGUUAUAAUGAUACAGGAGGGUUCAAUGGUCCUCUAAUUGCAUUCUCCUUUGUCAUUGCUCUACAGAUUUGUAAUAUUGCUACUGAGGUUAUUAGGUCAGGCACUGCUACGUUUUUUAUAGCAUUAGGUAGUGAUCCAGAAAUAUUUCAGCAAUCCUAUCCAGAAAAAUUCAAUGAAAUAGUUAAUGCAUAUCCACAGGUUCUAGAAAAAUUAAAACAACACAGUGUGUAA